UUUUUUUGGCUCGUAAUUAUCAAUCAAAUCCCUCUUAAACUUGAAUUUUGGUAUUCCAAGUUCUAAAAUCAAACUGACUGUAAGGGGAGUGGCGUGGUCAGAACGAAGAAGCGAACGACUGGUAUUAUGAUGUCGCAUCCCAAAUUUCCAGCAGCAAACGACUUCAUAAUCAUAACUCUCAUCGUGGCAAGACCUUUUCAGUCGACGAGGCGCCCUAGCCCUUGUUGUUGGUAAUCCAAGGCACCCCGCCGGCUCCGAUUUCUUUCUCUCCUAUCUCUAGUCAAUUCUUGGAUUCUGUCUUCGCGAAGCAAAAUUUUCGAUUCUGAGUGCGAGAUCUGCGAAAUUCAAGCCUUAAUUUCUCCAGUUCAAGAUCUAGCCGAAUCUCGAAGACUACUCUGUGAUUCGAAGCUCUGUUCUCCGAAAUCUGCUUCAGAUCUGGGCUUGAUUGCAUUUUCCGCUCUGGAUUUGUGUACCGGAAAUGUCAAUACUGCAGAAAAGCGAUUCGGUUCAAAUCAGGGAGGUUUGGAAAGACAAUCUUGAAGAAGAGUUUGCAUUGAUCCGUGAAAUUGUUGACGAAUAUAAUUACAUCGCCAUGGACACGGAGUUCCCCGGAGUCGUUCUUCGCCCGGUGGGUAAUUUUAAAAACAUCAAUGAUUAUAACUAUCAAACACUGAAGGACAACGUUGAUAUGUUGAAGUUGAUCCAAUUGGGACUCACCUUGUCCGAUGAGCAUGGAAACCUUCCUACUUGCGGAGCUGACAAAUAUUGCAUUUGGCAAUUUAACUUUCGUGAGUUUAAUGUCAGCGAAGACAUCUUUGCAAGUGACUCAGUUGAAUUACUGCGCCAAUGCGGAAUUGAUUUUAAGAAGAACAAUGAAAAUGGCAUUGACAUGAACCGAUUUGGGGAGCUUCUGAUGUCUUCAGGGGUGGUGCUGAACAAUGAAGUCCAUUGGGUCACAUUUCAUAGUGGGUACGAUUUUGGUUACCUCCUUAAGUUAUUGACAUGCCGUAGCUUGCCUGAUACACAGUCGGGAUUCUUUACUUUGAUCAACAUGUACUUCCCUACGGUGUAUGAUAUCAAGCAUCUGAUGAAGUUCUGCAACAACCUCCAUGGUGGAUUGAACAAGCUUGCAGAAUUGCUGGAAGUUGAGAGGAUUGGUGCUUGCCAUCAAGCCGGGUCCGAUAGCUUACUCACGUCUUGUACAUUUAGAAAGUUAAGGGAUGUGUUCUUCAAUGGUUCCGCGGAGAAGUAUUCUGGCGUCUUGUACGGGUUAGGUGUCGAAAAUGGACAGGCUAAUUGAAACAAUAUAAUUGGUUGUAGAGUAACAAGUGUGACCUUUUUGCUUGUGUACGCCCCUGCCAAAAAAGUCGUCGUUUUCUUGUAACAUUUCGUCUUUGCUUGAUCUGCCACUGAAACAACCUUCGUGGUCUUGUAGCUUGGGUUCUCUGUAAAUCACUUCCGUUAGUGUUUCAAUAAUAACUUACGAUGAUUCCGCAGCCA